GCAGAGCGGGGAGAGCGGCCGGGGGAGCGCUGAGGGAGGUGAAAGGCGAGUUCUUGGAAAGCCGCGUCAAAUCCAGGGCUGUCCGAAUGCCAGAGCCCACCCUGCAGCCCGCCCAGCUCAGCGAGCGACCUUAACUGGGGACCUGCUGUUGCUCUAAAUAGGAGCUGUGGUUGUCUUGUGCUGUUGGGUGAGAAAUUCUCCUGGAAGAGGAGGACGACAGACACUUGGAGCUUGCCGGGAUUGCUGGCAGAGAGCAAAAGCCAGGCUGAAACAGAGCAGAAAACCCCACAGGAGACUUCAGACUGGAAUUCUGCAGGGGCACAGUGCUACUGGGAAAAGCAACAGAAGGUAGCAAAAAGAGCUUUUCCAGGCUGGAUCAUCUCUGCAAGCCGGGUUUUCUCCUUGCCUUGGGUGCCCCAUCACAGCAGCCGUGCUGCAGGAAGAAAACCUGGAAAAAGAUGCACUGAAGUGUCACACGUCAAAGAAGGAAAGCUUGGAUCCUGCCUUGGAGGCUGCUGUAGCACACAGCACUGGAGAGGAGAACCAGAGGGAAUUAACUGGCCAUCAUUCCCAGUUCCUGCUCUCUCAGUGGUUGGUGUCCCCUGUUCCUGGACUUUGCUUGAUGGGGAUCUCUGCUGCAGGAGCAGGCUCUGCACUCCAAGGCAGGCGGGCAGGGAUAGGAGAGGUCGCUCCUAGAUGCCGGAAAGGCCAUUUGUGUAAGUUCCUGGCAGAAGAUCUCUUCUGGAACAGCUGCUGGCUGUAGGCCCACCAAGCCAAGGGUCAGGAUAGCCUCUGAACAGCAUGUCUGCCAAGCCUGAGAAGAAGGAGACCCACCAGGCCAAUGGGGCUGUGCCUGUGGACCAUCUCACCGGUCCGGACCAGGGGCAGCUGGUGGAGCCCUCAGAUUUCCUGGGACCUGCUGCAGUAGAAGCAGUGGUGCUGGAGUCCCGUGCCAACGCCAAAGGGGUGCGAGAAGACGAUGCCCUGCUGGAAAAUGGCAGCCAGAGCAAUGAAAGCGAUGACACCAGCACACACCAGAGUCCUGAGCCAGCCUCGCCCCUCAAGGAGACCUCCUUUUCCAUUGGGCUGCAAGUCCUCUUCCCGUUCCUCCUGGCAGGCUUUGGGACAGUUGCUGCUGGAAUGGUGCUGGACAUUGUGCAGCACUGGGACGUCUUCAAAAACGUGACCAAUUUGUUUAUCUUAGUACCUGCACUGCUGGGCCUGAAGGGGAACCUGGAGAUGACUCUGGCAUCCCGCCUGUCCACUGCUGCUAAUAUUGGCCAAAUGGACACACCCAAAGAGUUCUGGAAGAUGAUAACAGGAAACAUGGCUCUGCUACUGGUUCAGGCCACCGUGGUUGGCUUCCUGGCCUCCAUCGCCGCCGUGGUGUUCGGAUGGAUCCCAGACGGGCACUUCAGCCUGUACCACGCUGUCCUGCUCUGUGCCAGCAGUGUGGCCACUGCCUUCGUUGCUUCCCUUUUUCUGGGAAUGAUUAUGAUUGGGGUCAUCAUCGGGUCCAGGAGGAUGGGGAUCAACCCUGACAACGUGGCCACCCCGAUUGCUGCCAGCCUGGGGGAUCUUGUCACCCUGGCUCUGCUGUCAGGAAUCAGCUGUGGCUUGUACAAGGACCUGGAGAGCAAGUUCUACGUGAAUCCCCUGGUGUGCGCCUUGUUCUUGGCUCUGCUGCCCAUCUGGGUCUUCAUUGCCAGGAAGGAUUCAGCGACCUGGGAGGUGCUUUGUUCCAGCUGGGAGCCCGUUGUCAUCGCCAUGGCCAUCAGCAGCGUUGGGGGGUUGAUUUUGGACAGGACGGUCUCGGAUCCGAACUUUGCUGGGAUGGCUGUUUUCACACCAGUGAUCAAUGGUGUGGGUGGCAACCUGGUGGCAGUGCAGGCCAGUCGCAUCUCCACCUACCUGCACAUGAGUGGGAUGCCUGGGGAGAGCUCCAAAACAGUCCCUUGGAAGUGCCCCAGCCCUUGCAGCACUUUCUGCAGCUCAGACGUGAACUCCCGCUCUGCCCGGGUGCUCUUUCUCCUGGUGGUGCCUGGACACCUGGUUUUCCUCUACACCAUCAGCUCCAUGCAGGGUGGCCACACCACGCUCACCCUGAUCUUCGUGGUGUUCUACAUGACAGCUGCACUGCUCCAGGUUCUUAUUCUGCUCUACAUCGCUGACUGGAUGGUGCACUGGAUGUGGAACAGGGACCUCGACCCAGACAACUUCUCCAUCCCAUACCUGACAGCACUGGGGGACCUCAUUGGAACAGGGCUCCUCGCUGUCAGCUUUCACAUCCUCUGGCUUAUUGGGGACCGGGACUCCGAUGUGGGGGAUUAGCUCUCCCUGCUCCCCCCUUCCCACACUUCUUCUCCUCCUCCUCCUUUCAUUUCUUGUUGCUUCUUUUCCUCCACCUUUACUCUUCUUUGCUUCCUCCCCACACCCUGUCUCUGUCGAGACUUCAUCUUUAGUACUGGAAUUCUCAUUAUUUUCAAUGGGAAUUUUAUGGGGUUUAUAUUCCAAGCCCGGUUUGUACAGAAAAAUCUCUCUAGUUUUAGGAAGGACAAAAAAAAAAAAUAAGUGUAACGAGACAAUCACCAAGUGCAAUUUCGUAGGAGCUGUGUCUGAACCAAGGUUACAGUGAAGUUCCUGGUCAGUCAGAUCGUGCAAGGAGCCCACCCUGCCCCACUCACUUGAGGUCAAGGGCUGCUUUUUCGCUUCAUAAGCGUUUUAAAUCCUGGAGCUCAAGUUCAGGUUUAUUUUACUGAACUGGCAGCUUCUAGCAAAGUACAACCUCAUGGAGGAGGGCACGGGGCAUCUCCUGCCUUGUGUCGGCUCUCUGAAGCUCCAUCCCGUGCCCAACUCCCAAAGGGUGAGGGAGUCUCUGGGAGAGGGAUGAGUGAAGAAGGUGAGGAAGGGUCCUGUGUGCCCACAGGGAAGUGAGUGAUCUUGGCAUUGAGGACUGCAAAGCCCCCAAGCCUGGCCAUGAGCAGGCUGGUCUCUGUCAGCCUUCAGGGCUCUUUAGUGCUCCCAUUUGGAUGUAAUUUAGUUCUGGAAGCUGAGGCAGUUCCCUGUGAGCAGCUCUGACCAACACCCAUGAUGGCAGGCCCAGAGACAAAAUGAAGUGGAGUCUCUUUGCCACUCUUUUAUACGGUUUGGCUGCCGUGGCCACGCCCCCUGGGCGGGACUGCUGGGUCACUGACCACUCAGCACCCCGCUAAGCCGGAGUGACUGAUGGUGCGGCCAAUCAGAUGUCUGGUAUGCGUGGUGUGGGCGGGCUCCUGGUUUGAUUGACAGCCUGGCCACAUGGCACUGGCUGGAGGGCUCGGGGCGCCAUGUUGGGCACGGAGCAGAACCCAAAAUUUGGGCGUGGGUUUGAGGUUGUCUUCUUUGCCUUCUGCUUUAAACCUGUUCCUCCCACUGCAACAUGACUGUCCUUUACUGGUACCACUUCCUCCUUUUGCUUAACUUCCAUAUUUCUCACACAAACCAGCGCUCGUCUCCUCCCUUUGGCUGUCUGGAAGGCAGCCCAGUUGUGGUGCUGGCAGCGCUGAUCUUCACCCAAAAUAACUCCAAGUGGGGACAUCUGCUUGUUAGUCUGGGCAAUGCCAGACCUACCUGAGCUCUACAAAGCGCUGCCAAAGUGGAGACAGCUUUGCUUUUUAGGCAGGGAGUGAUUCCUUGGGGGGCAGUUCCUGCCUCUCCCACAAACCAGAGCCAAUGCACCUGAGGGGGCAGGUCGAGACCAAAGUUAGUCUGUGCCAUGUCCCGUGUGGGAGCAGCUCUGAUCCUCCUCUCUCCCUUCCCCCCCGGUGACUUCUCACAUAUCUCAUCUGGCCAAAGCUGUGCCCAAAAUAACCCAAAAAACCACAAACCAAACCCCAACUGCGCUGCUGUGCUGAACUCUCGGCCCGGAGAAUUCUGGAACGUUCUCUGCUGCCCACACGAUUUCUCUGCCUGAUGUUGAGGGAUAGAUACGAGGCUCCCUUCCAUUAACACUUCAGCUUUUAUGUGUAUGUAGAGAAGCUCUCCUGGUCUUUUAGGUGUCACAUCACUCUUCACUUCUCCAAGAAAAGAGGAACAAUCUGCCGCUCGUGGUCUCCUGUGCAGAGACCCAAGGGGUGGGAGCUGCUGUGCCAGGGGUCCUUGUGUUAUAUAUGGUAUAAAGGUGUGUUUGGGGCAAGGGCAAGGAAGAAUCUAACUUAAAACUGAGGAAUACUGAUGGAAAAACCUCUUCCCACUGGUUGCACUCAAAUGCAUGCCUACUCUACAGCUGCCUGCAGAUGAAAAUCCUGGUCUAUUCUUUUAUUAAAGGAAAAAGGACUGUCUUAAUUAUUUAUAGUUCCUAUAACUGACAGAUGUCAACUUAACUGAUAAAUUAUAUUUGGUUAAAUAAAGAUUACAUUUAUUUA